CCUUUCUCUUUCUUUUAUUAAUGUACGUUGCUCUCGUUUGUGCCCCCUCUCUCUUCCAUUUUUACAGGUUUGCACUUCUCUUUGUAUUGGGAGUCCCCUUGCAAUCAAUCAGCACAUGCUGAUCUCUAGCCAGGGCCUGAACCUGCUGCUGCCAGUGCUUAUGUUUCAUGUGCUUUCAUUUGCCUCUGGGUAUUGGGUGCCGAGGAUGAGCCUGUGGAGGCAAGAUGAGAAAACUGCACGCACACUAUCUAUUUGCUCUGGAAUGCAGAGCUCCACUCUUGCUAUGCUGCUUGCUACUCAGUUCCUAGGCUUCACACACGCGUCUCCGCCAUCCUAUUCCGUUCACUCCACGCCACACAGUCAAUCAAUAGUAUCUAGAGUGUGGCGUGGAGUGGUCUAGAAAAUUGCCUCUGACUGACAAAAAUGUGCUCUCCAGCUGUGUGCAGUCAGUCACACACUCUGUUGUACAUAAUCUUUACAGCCUGGAAAAUUGAAAAUUGAAAAUUUCGGAAUUUCCACACUACACUGCGAUUGCACUUCUCCACCACUCACUGGAUGUUCUACAAAUUGUCUUUGACUGACAAACUCGUUCCCUCUAGCGCUCAUCGGAUCUUCCUCUAGAUUGAUGUUGUCCCCAUGCCGGGGACUCCGUUGGACAGCUCCCAUGUUACACGGUAUGGUAUGGUAUGGUAUGGUAUGGUAUGGUAUGGUAUGGUAUGGUGCCUUCUCAAAGAUGUGGAGCAGAUGACGGCGAUAGGGUAGGUAGGUAGGAUAUUAUUGAUCGGAAGUUCACAAUGUCUCUCUUCUUCUAUUGGAAAGUCUGAUGUGGAGCUGUGACGGCCUACCACUGCCUGUGGGCCUUUCGUAUGACAUUUAAUUUAAUUAUUUAUUGCCAAAAUCCAAAUCCCCACCGUGCAUCUGCCUCUUCCUUGCCAUCUCUCUCUCUCUCUCUCUCUCUCUCUCUCUCUCUCUCUCUCUCUCUCUCUCAUGGUCUAAUGGGCAGUGUAUGCGGCAUAAACAUAUUCAGGAAAGCGAGGACAUCAUGGAUCUCAUCGAAGCUACAUGGAGAUGGGUUCAGCAACUUCAGCCUCAUCUAAAUAACUGCACUGUGACAUAGUUCUACGGGAUACGGUUCUAUGAUAUCUGUAUGGAGCUUCUUUUUUUUCUUUUUUUUUUUUAAUCUGGAGUCUGGAGGUAUUUGGCAAUUUAUGAAUUGGUGUAUUUUAUAAAUUGCGGAUUGAGGACAGAUUGGUUCUGAUGCUUCUGCAGACGUUUUCUGUGGAGUUCAUAAGCUUA